CGACGRACUCGAGUAUGGAUACUGAGUAGUACUAGUAAAAACUAAUUCAAUGCUUAUAUUUCGAUCCUUUUGGAAUCGUCGAUUUUACAUCACAUGUUUUUCACCUUUAGAAGAGAAGCAGCGACCUUGAUACCCAGGCUUCCACCACCAGUCUACAAGCUUGUUCACUCCGAACCCAAUGCCGUGCUUCCUAGUACCAGACGCCGUGCUAUUUUUGCAGUCAACAAUACAAGUGGUUCGGCCCCGAUCCGUGCUACCAGUAGCACUCUCAACGCAGCGAAUCGAAUCGAAUCGAAUCGAAUCGGGGCGUGCCCGCUGUGCCUUCCCGCCCGCUCCCGUUCUCAAAACUCGGACUCCUCGGCCAGAGGCGGUGUUUCCCCGGCCUCCCCCGAAAGGCCGGCGCCGGUGGCCGCCGCUCCGGCGUUCCACGGGUUCCCGUAGGCUUCGACAAAGGCGGCCUCGUCCUCCGGGUGCUGGUCGGUGUAGCAAUAGAUCCAGAUCAGGACGGCCAGGGCGAGGCCCUGGACGAUCCCGGAGAAGAGCAGCUUGGGGCCGUAGGAUUCCUGGUCCGCCCCGAGAAAGGUCUGGCAGUAGAGGAUCGGGACAAAGGCGAUCAGGUUCAGCCCGAGCAUGAGGUUGGUCCCGCCCUUGCUGGGGUUCUCGUUYCCGAUCCACAAUCCGAAGAAGAGUGCCAGGGAAAACCGCAGCCAAACCACGCAGUCGAUCAGCUCCGGAAAGGUCUCCAUGGUCGGCUUCGAGUUGGGGGAGAGAAACCUGAUCAGGUUCUCCUUCGCCCGGUCCAGUGUGCUCUUCGAGUCGUCCGGCAUUGUGGUUUGGUUUGGUUUGGAUUUGGAUUUGGAUUUGGAUUUGGAUUUGGAUUUGGUUUGAUGAGUAGCAGUUUGUUGUGCUUUGCGUUUGGUUCGAUCCUGCGCUUUCGUCCUAACAGCGGGAUCGAGAUGUCGUUCAACUGAGAUGAGGGCCUCGGAGCAGGAGGUUGGUAUCGGGCAAAUGGUUCGUCGAAACUCGAAACAUCGCAAUAGUAGUAUCAGUACCGUAGAAUCAGUACCGUAGAACUGGUAACKGUUGCUGGAGGGAGUGCGUGUAAUCCUACGAGCAUUGUACAGUGACAAGAUACGGUGCAUACCGAACAGUACAUGGUACUGUAUGUACUAGUAGUACGUACAGUACUAUUGUAUCUGUACACACAUAUCCUCACAAUCCAACGACCUACGGUACGUUAGAUCGAAUAGAUUACUGUAUUGAGGGACUGAUCAACGUCUCAAUUUCCAUGGUCUAAGCAUUCUUUAUUGGAAUGCAUUGAUGAAAAUUAAAGGUUGAAUGUUUUCUAGAUGAAAGCGUAUUCAUUCUGUAGCAAAAUAUUUUGUUUCUGGUCUCACCGAUUCAAAUGAGCACUAUAGUAGUUCUUAUGUACAUUUUCACUCUACCGUUGCUGUCAUUGCAAAGGGGCAGAUGGAGGCCGCGCGAUCAUCGACAUCGAGACCAUCGUUUUCCGCGGUUUCGAAGAGGACGCUGCAUUUCUCGUUUUUGGCCAAGGCCAUCGCCAUUUUGGACUUGUGAGUCUUCGUCCAUUUUUCGUGAAAGGCAACCGACAUUUUCGAGUGCCAGCGAAUGAUCCACCUCCUCACCGGUCCAAUCCACCUAGCGGCCUUGCUGUAAAUCCUCAUCAACGUCAGGGAGAACGUGGAUACCAGAUAGAUGUUUAUCCGCGCGACCCGAUCCGGAUGAUACGGCAACAAGAGAGCGUCCGCGAGGGGAUUUCCUAUCAGUCGCCUACAGUUGAAGCAACGGUAAUAAAACAUCCAGUUUUUGUAAAAUUGAGCAGGAAUUUUUUCGAUUUGGAGAGAUCGAGGCCUCCUGUCCGUCACUUUGAGCAGGUGGUGGGCUAUCUUGAAAGAUGACUCAUUGGGAUGGAGAAGAUGAAAAAAUACGGACUGAAAGAUUGAUUGGGAAUGCUGUAUCGGAUUGGGUUCGACACCAACUCCUGGACCACAGGGAUCUAGAGGGGGCAAUUCCUCCAUUGUAGGUUGACCCUCUACUCUGCUAUCAAACUCAGUUUCUACCCCUAGAAGCCACCCAAUAUACCUAUGCAAUUGAA